AUGAAGCCAUUCUCUUAUCUCGUUAUCCUUACAAUUGCGGCAUUCCAAAGCCUUUGUGUCAUUGCCGAAGACCAGACAUCAUGCAACCCGCUCAAGAACACAACAUGCGAUGCCGAUCCGGCUCUCGGUACCGAACAUACAUGGUUGUUCAACUCGACUCUCGAUGAUGAACUUUGGGACAUGGCGACUGGAACACUCGACUACACCGAUGAAGGCGCCGAUUUCAAGAUUACAAAAGAGAACGGCUCUACCCUUCUACAGUCCAACUUUUAUAUCCUCUUCGGAGUUAUGGAGGCUCAUGUAAAAAUGGCCAAAGGGGCAGGAAUCAUCAGCAGUGUUAUCUUGCAAUCAGAUGACCUGGAUGAGAUCGAUUGGGAAUGGGUUGGCUACAAUACAAGCCAGGUUCAGUCCGAUUUCUUUGGAAAAGGAAACACUACGACCAGUAACCGCGGUGGCUACCAUCCCGUUGCGAAUGCCGACACGGAAUUCCACAACUACACUUCCUACUGGGAUAGAGACAGACUCGAAUGGUGGAUUGAUGGUAAAUUAAUGCGGACGGUCAAUUAUUCAGAACCAUUAACCGUCUAUGGCAAAAAUUAUCCCCAAACGCCAUGCAGAGUCAAAGUCAGCAAUUGGCCGGUUGGAAUCAAGUCACAAUCUACCGGUAACAUCGAAUGGGGCGGCGGUUUGGUGGAUUGGUCUGACCUACCUUUUACUAUGACGGUGCAAAAGAUCCGAGUGCAAGACUUUCAUUCAGGAAAGGAGUAUAAGUAUACCAACCAAAACGGGACUUACGAAAGCAUCAAAACUGUUGAGGGUAACUCCACUGCAAAAGCUGAAAUAAACAAGAAGCCCGCGGAAACUUUGGCUCAAAAAUGGGAUGACCUAGGGAACGGUGCCCAUAUUGGUGUUUAUUGUGGUGCAGGGGCCGCAGGACUUAUCAUAUUCGCUGCCUUUGGAUGGUGGUGCCGACGCCAGCGCCAAAAAGGGCGUCUUCAGCGCGGAUUAGACAAUGGCCAAAGAAGUGAAGAAUUGGAUGAAAUGAAUAGCAUGAAAAACAAAUGGCGGUCAAGUCAAUGGGGUCAGACAAGCUACCAGCAGGUGCGCUAA